AUGAUAAAGUGAAAUUCGUGCGCGUUGGUUGGCUUACACUUCGUGUAAGCUUCAAGCUCAGACUCCGGCUCUCGGCCCUCUGUCGCUCACUCCCACUCGCUCUCUGUCUCUCUGUCUCUGUCUUGUUCGCACACUCUCUUCGUUGGCUCUCGUGUCGGAUCGGUGUGUUCACAAUUAGCAACAACAGCAACAGCAACAACUUCAAAACUAAUGCCUAGCAAUUGAAGUGCCUGGCGGUGCUUGGGCACAAAAAUUGCUGAUAACAAGUGCAAUAAAUGCAUCAAAAUUUGCCACUUGCAAUAGCAGCUCAAUAAAUUCCGCUAAAAUAACAAUUCAUAUUUACAAUAUUGAACAAGGAGCAAGCAGCGUUCGCGAUGCGUCUAAUUGGAUUCAUGCUAAAUUUGGCUGCUUUAACAGCCGCCGUCUUGGCCAAUCACCAUGACAGCCUGACGCUCAGUCCGAGCGAGCACAGCGUCGUGCGCUACACCAACGAAUCCCUCAUUGUCGAGUGCCGCGGCCCCGGACCGGAUGUGAAGCUGCAUUGGAAAUCGCCGAAAGGCGAAAUAAUACGCGAGCACAAAGGACGCAUACACAUCGAGCAAACGGCGCCAGAACAAUUGAAAAUCGUUUUUGCACACAUCGCUCUGGCGGACAAGGGCAAUUGGACAUGCGAAACUGCGGAGGGCGGGCUGCAUAGUAAAUCGUUCGAUUUGAUUGUAUAUCAGAAAAUUACAUUCACCGAAAAGGAUACAGUUAAAACUGUGAAGGAAGGUCAAAAUGCGACAAUAUUAUGCGAGGUGAAGGGCGAGCCGCAACCGAAUGUCACCUGGCAUUUCAAUGGACAGCCCAUUACUGUGGACGCAAACGCCCCGAAAUUCCGCAUCCUGGCGGAUGGUUUGCUCAUCAACAAGGUAACGCAGAGUGACACCGGCGAGUACACGUGCCGGGCAUACCAAGUGAAUUCGAUUGCUUCCGAUAUGCAGGAGCGCACAGUUUUGAUGAAAAUCGAACAUAAGCCGCAUUGGACGCAGAAGCCGCAUGUCGGGCUGCAGUACGCGUACAUCAAUGGCACGGCGAGCAUCAUGUGCGAGGCGCAGGCGGAGCCGCCGGCCACGUUCAGCUGGUACCGCAAGCAGAAGCGGCUGGAGAGCAACGAGAAGCUCUACACCAUCGAGUCGGAUAGCCAUUGGUCGCGUCUGACUAUCCGUGUGCUGGAUGCGAAGGUAUUUGACAACUAUCGCUGCCUCGCCCACAAUCAUUUGGGCAGCAUUGAGCGCAUCACACGACUCGAGGAGGGCGAGAAGCCGCCGCCGCCGUCCGUCUUCCAGCUGCACGGCUACAAUUCGAACACUUUUGAUGUUGAUUUGAGCGCGCCGAGGGAUAAGGAUCAGCUCGGACCUAUGGACGUGAAUGGCUUCCGCAUCGAGUACAUGACAGAGAUGGAAUUCAAAGCCGAUGCGGGCAAAUGGACGAAUGCCAAGCGCAAGGAUUUCCCCUACGAGGAGGGUGCCAAUUUUCUCAUAACGAACCUCGAGCCGGAUACCGUCUAUCUGAUACGCGCUGCCUCGCGUAAUCUGGCCGGCUUCAGUGACUAUAGCAAAGUGGAGAAGUGCAAGACUCUGUCGCUGGAGCCGCGCGUCUCGGCCGGCUCAUUGUUGCCAAAUUCCUAUCCGCUGCUGUAUGUUUUGCUGCUGCAUCAACUGCUGCGGCAUGGCCACUGAGUGCUUGCAAAGCUGUGCCCCUCCCCCAGCCCCCAAAAUAAAUUCCAUGUGCUUUGUCUAGCUUUAAGGCGUCGCCACGUUAACCUCCUUAGUGACUGCUGCCCGAUCGCUGCUCGUGUUAUGUAACGUCUACUAAUUAAUCGUCUAAGUUGUUAAUAUAACCGCUCUUAAGCUUAAGUUAAUACAGAGUUUCGUUCAGUUUAUCUGCAAGCCCAGCAAUUAGCUAAAAUUCAUAACAAAAGAUUUCAAAACAGAAGUAAAAAUAACUCUUAGAUGGGCGCUUAGUGCUUAGUUUUUAAUGAAAUAGAAAAACUUUAACUUAAACUAUAAGCUGCAAAACUAAUAUAAAAAAGUUCACUUCAAGU